UUUACGGCGCGCGGCCACCCCGGCUCAGGCUCAAGUCCGCUUCCAGGUUCAGUUUCAGGGUCUAGCCGGCAGCCCCAGCCUGCUAGCGCGGAGCGGGCAGCGGAGCUCGGACCUCAAGGUCCUCUGGGGGCCCCGGAGUUGAGAGGCAGCCUCCGGGAGCCCCGGGAGGAGGAUGGGCUGCGAACAGAGCAGGCUGAGCCGCUGCAAAUCCCCCAAAAAGAGGCACCAAGAGUCAGAUCAGCCACCCAGACCAGAGCCCCAGGAACUAUCACCCCUAAAUGGGGACACAGCCAUAACUGUCCAGCUCUGCGUGUCUGAGGAGGCUGAGCAGCACCAGAAGGACAUAACUAGAAUUCUCCAUGAAGAGAAGAAGAAAUGGGCACAACAGGUGGAGAAAGAGCGGGAGCUAGAGCUUCAGGAGAGAUUGGAUGAGCAGCGAAGGGCACUGAAAGGAAAGCAUGAGGAGGCCCUGCAAGUCCUCCGGGCCUCGUAUGAACAGGAGAAAGAUGCUCUUACCCACUCCUUCCAAGAGACCAAUGCUGCCCUCCAGGAAACUGUAGCCAGACUGACCUCACAGCUGGAGGCCUUCCAGGCCAAGAUGAAGAGGGUAGAGGAGUCCAUUCUGAGCCAAGACUACAAGAAGCACAUCCAGGAUUAUGGGAGCCCCAGCCUGUUCUGGGAGCAGGAGCUAGAGAGCUUGCACUUUGUCAUCGAGAUGAAGAAUGAGCGUAUUCAUGAGCUGGACAAGCGGCUGAUCCUCAUGGAAACAGUGAAAGAAAAAAAUCUGAUGUUAGAGGAAAAAAUCACAAUCCUGCAACAGGAGAAUGAGGACCUCCAUGUCCGGGGCCGGAACCAGGUGGUCCUGUCAAGACAGCUCUCGGAAGACCUACUUCUUGCCCACAAGACCCUGGAGAAGGAGACACAGUUACGACGGCAGCUGCAGCAGGAGAAAGAGGAGCUGCUGUACCGGGUCCUGGGGGCUAACGCCUCACCUGCCUUCCCCCUGGCCUCUGUCACCCCCACUGAGGUCUCCUUCCUCGCCACAUAGCGCACAUGUGGUCAUGGUCCCUCCAAAGACUUACCAGAGAAGACAGCAGGAGCUUUUAAGUUAUUUUCCCAGGAAGAAACGAGGGUGAGAGUGAGAUGAGGAGGCAGGGUGUGUGCCCAGUGAGCCCUGG